UAUUCAAGAUUGCCUUGCAACGAUUUAUUGCCUUUCAACUAAACUUUGGCAUAGAGACAUACCAAUUUCAAAUGUUAUAUAAGUUAUCUGUUGUGUUAAAAGUUUUUAGAUAUUCGAUUUACUAAAAGAACACAUAUGUUCUGUAUUAUAUAAGUAACAGCCUGACUACUGAGUCAUGUCAGCACCUUAUUAUAUACCUUGUUUGUGUUGUAGACAAGGUAUUGUUUCGAAGUAUUUAUCCCUAUUUCUAGACAUAUCCUUAAUUCCUAAACCUAACCUUUAACCUUUAUAACCUUCCUUGUCUUAUUCCUAGCAUUUUUCGGAUUUUUUACAAUUUUAUUAUAUUAGUAGUAUCAUCAAAUUCAUUUACUUGGAUCAUUAUAAUAACCUAUACAUAUAUGUUAUUUAUACAUUUAGACAUAAACUCCCAGUUUUCGUCCGCAGCUUCGGCACGACGUGACAGGUAAAUUACGUAUCCUAUGUCCUUCUCUUUACCCCAAGAAACUUGUAUGCAUAAUUUCAUGAUGUUCGGUUAAAUAGUUUAGACAUCAAAACGCAACAAACAAACUAAGAAACUCACUUUCGUAUUUACAAUAAUAAUAAAGAUAAUGUCUACAUAGUCGGAGAUAAAAUGGAAGUGGCAAGUAUAUUUCAAGCAAACUUUCAUUAUAUGUUCUUGAUAGCAUCCCAAAAAUGUUAUAUUGACUGUGGUUUUGGAACCUGGUCUUGGGAGUUACGGCCAGUCAUACGACGCAGUUAAAAUUCGUCCUGAUACCGGAAUGUACUUGAAAGCCGAUUAUGUUUAUAGCAUUCCGGGAGGGUGUGAGCGGAACCAAUAACAAUCUCGCAAAUCGAACGCACGUAUGUCGGAGAGGCACGGCGCUCCCUGGUAACAGGUAUAUGAUGUUAAUACUUAUCGUCAUAACUUUAAUUAUUGCAUUAGAUUUGGCUUUUAACAUCGCAAAGAGCAUUAUUGUCGGUAAAUACACGUUUUCAUAUUUCUCGGUGAAUCUCUCGUUUUCACUGAUUGAACUGUUGCCGUUAUUAGUUCCUUGCAUUUAUGCUGAACAAGUCUGUGGCGAAGUGCGGAUUCUCAAAGAUCUUCUUUCUAGCAGACUAUAUGAGAAUACGUUAGACAAAUCAAGCCGUAGUUCUGCUCGUUCGCUGCUAACUCUGAUAGAAACUCGCAAUCUGACAUUUUCUCUCUUUCACAUGUUUGAUAUUGACAUCGCGCUACCCUUCAAGCUUCUGGGAUUACUGCUUACAUAUUUGAUUAUAAUGCUGCAGUUCGACAAAGUCAUUAAUCCGAACUGAUCGACUAAUGUAUUCAAUCAUAUAUAUUAUAGUUUUAUUGAGUAAAUAAAAAUGUAUUAUAACAUUAAACGUUGAUUAUUCAUACGCCAAUUAAUUUUUAUUAGACGAAUAAAAUAUAC